AUGCCCUCUCGCUGUGGAACAGCAGUGCGGAUCUUCAUCACCACUCUAUUUGCAGCUGUGGUGCUCUUCGCCAUCUUGCUGGCAUAUGUGACUGGCUACCAGUUCAUCCACACUGAGCAGCACCACCUCUCCUUUGGCCUGUAUGGCGCCAUCCUGUCACUACAUCUACUGCUGCAGAGCCUCUUUGCUUACCUGGAACACCGGCACAUGCGAGCACCUUCACGGCCACAGCACCUACGCUGCACUGUUGCCCUGUGCAUUGCUGCUUACCAGGAGGACCCUGACUACCUACGCAAAUGUCUGCGCAGUGUGCGCCGUAUCUCCUUCCCUAGUCUAAAAGUGGUGCUUGUUGUAGAUGGUAACCGGCCGGAAGAUGCUUACAUGAUGGACAUCUUCCGGGAGGUAAUGGGGGGAACAGAGCAGGCUGGAUGCAUGGUGUGGAAGGGAAACUACCAUAGCAAUGGAGCAAGAGGCGCAGGUACUGGCUCAGUGAAUAUGGACGAGGCUGUUCGGGUGGCCAGGAUAGUGCGCAGCUGCCGCUACUCCUGCAUCAUGCAGGAGUGGGGCGGGAAGAGGGAAGUGAUGUAUACGGCUUUUAAAGCGCUGGGGAACUCUGUAGAUUACGUGCAGGUAUGUGAUUCGGACACGGUUCUGGAUCCAGCCUGCACAAUUGAGCUGUUGAAGGUUCUGGAGGAAGACCCAAAGGUGGGCGGAGUAGGAGGAGAUGUACAGAUCCUGAACAAAUAUGACUCCUGGAUAUCUUUUCUGAGCAGUGUCAGGUACUGGAUGGCCUUCAACGUAGAACGUGCCUGUCAGUCGUAUUUUGGCUGUGUUCAGUGUAUCAGUGGGCCUCUGGGCAUGUACCGCAACUCCCUCCUCCAGCAGUUCUUGGAGCCCUGGUACCACCAGACCUUCCUGGGCAGCAAGUGUAGCUUUGGUGAUGACCGGCACCUUACCAACAGAGUCCUCAGCUUUGGCUACAAGACUAAGUUUACCGCACGCUCACAAUGCCAGACUGAGACACCUACUCACUACCUCCGCUGGCUCAACCAGCAGACCCGCUGGAGUAAGUCGUACUUCCGGGAGUGGCUCUACAAUGCUCUCUGGUUCCACAAACACAGCCUCUGGAUGACCUACGAGUCUGUGGUCACUGGAUUCUUUCCCUUUUUCCUGGUGGCUACAGUGAUCCACUUGUUCUAUCGUGGACGGCUGUGGAACAUCCUACUAUUCCUGCUAACAGUUCAACUGGUGGGAAUGGUAAAGGCCACUUAUGCCUGCUUCCUGAGAGGUAGCCUGGUCAUGAUUUUUAUGUCCCUCUAUUCCCUGCUGUACAUGUCCAGCCUCUUGCCAGCUAAGAUGUUUGCUCUGUUGACUAUCAAUAAAGCAGGCUGGGGUACAUCUGGGAGGAAGAAGAUUGUGGUGAACUUAAUUGGGGCUGUACCUGUAACUGUUUGGGCACUUCUUUUGCUUGGUGGAGUAGCUUACACCAUUUACUGUGAGACACAGGAACCUUUUAGCGAAACUGAGAAGGUACUGCUGAUCAGUGGGGGCAUCCUGUAUGCCUGUUACUGGCUUAUACUUUUGGUGCUGUAUUUGGCUAUAGUGGCCAGGCGCUGUAACAAGAGGGAGGAGCAGUACCACCUACCCUAUGCUGAGGCCUAG